AAACGAUCCUGGUAUAAAUGCAAAUUGCAGCUGCUUUUCAGAAAUUUAAGGGGGAAACAAGGAAGAUGACAUCAAACCCUUCUGGACAAGGCUUUCUGAAUAAAAACAGGGUUGCAAUCUUGGCUGAACUAGACAAGGAAAAGAGAAAACUUCACCAGUCUUCUACUAAUCACCCAGGAGCCAAUAUCUCUUUGUCUAGAUCCUCACUUAACAAGGAUCUUCGGGAUCACGCCGAGCAGCAGCACAUAGCAGCACAGCAGAAGGCUGCUUUACAGCACACUCAUGCCCAUUCUUCAGGAUACUUUAUAACCCAAGACUCAGCCUUUGGGAAUCUCAUUCUGCCUGCGUAUUACCAUGGCUAG